UCUCUGAACUAUGAUUCGCUUCGCGUGUGAGAGUCUGGUCCCUGGAGCCGCUGAGUGGAAGAAAGCUGAAGACGAAUGUUUAGCUUUUUGCAAAAAGGACAUAGCUGGAUUCUUCUGUUCCACAAAACGCCGACAAAGUCUUCUCCUAGAAGGCAACUUAGUUGACUGGCCCUGCGUCUGUUGAGGAGCGCCCACACCUGUCAUCUACUUACUGGCUGCAAUGUCGGUAACCGAGAAACCUCAGCGGAAAAGAUUUGGUGUGAUUCUGCAGGUUUCUGUUAUUACAUUCGUGAUUACUGUGCUCAGUAUGUUUGGGUCCUAUGAAGUUGCUAUGGCUGGCCUGAGCGCUGGAGCCACUUCCGAAGCUGUGAGUGCCAACAGGGGUGAAAACCAGCACAGAGAAUCGGCGACGCAACGACUGUCAUCUGCAGAGCAGCCAGGAUCCUUAAGAGACUCCACCUUGCAGCCUAAGCAGUGUGACAUCCCUCCUGACAGCCGCUUUGACUGUGCCCCAGAAAAGCUGCUCUCUCAAGAAGAAUGUCUGGCUCGUGGCUGCUGUUAUGUCCCUCUUUUGCCCAGAGGCCCUGCUGUUUGGCAGCCAUGGUGCUUCUUCCCUCCUGACUACCCUAGUUACAAGAUUGAAAAUCUGACUGCCACCGAAGCUGGCUAUACUGCCCGUUUGACUCGUGAUGCCCCCACUUUCAUCCCAGAUAACAUAAUGACCUUGCAGCUGGAUGUGGCAUUUGAGACGGAGGGUAGGCUUCACUUCACGCUUAAAGAUCCAGCCAACAAGCGCUAUGAGGUGCCCUUAGAAACUCCGAAAGUGAACAACUGGGCAUCCUCAAUGCUCUACUCUGUACAGUUCUCUGCCAAUCCCUUUGGCCUCAUUAUUAUUCGGAAAUCCAAUGGGCGGGUUCUGCUCAAUACCACAGUGGCUCCCUUAUUCUAUGCUGACCAGUUCCUGCAGAUCUCUACCUCUCUGCCAUCACAUUUCAUCUCUGGACUGGGCGAGCACUUGACUUCACUCAUCCUUAACGUUAAUUGGACCAAGGUCACUCUCUGGAAUCGGGACAUGCCACCUGUGCACUCUGCCAACCUGUAUGGCUCGCACCCAUUCUACCUGGUAUUGGAAGAGGAUGGUUUAGCUCAUGGAGUCUUCUUGCUGAACAGCAAUGCCAUGGAUGUGAUACUACAGCCCAGCCCAGCCCUAACAUGGAGAACGAUUGGAGGCAUCUUGGACUUCUAUAUCUUCAUAGGACCAGACCCCAAAAGUGUGGUGCGCCAGUAUAUGGAUGUCAUUGGGUAUCCAUUCAUGCCCCCAUACUGGGCCCUGGGAUUCCACCUCUGUCGCUGGGGCUACGCUUCCACUGCUGUCACCCGGGAAGUGGUGAAGAACAUGACAGCUGCACAGUUCCCCCUGGAUGUGCAGUGGAAUGACCUGGAUUAUGCAGAUGCUCAGAGAGAUUUUACCUUCAACAAGGAUGGCUUCAAGGAUAUGCCGGCUAUGGUGCACGAUUUCCAUCGCGGUGGCCGGAGGUACGUCAUGAUUGUGGAUUCUGGUAUCAGCAGUUCCAGCCCUCCUGGCAGUUACAAACCCUAUGAUGAAGGCCUAAAGCAAGGAGUCUUCAUCUUAAAUGCCACAGGGCAGCUUCUGGUUGGUAAGGUUUGGCCUGGCCCCACCACCUUCCCUGACUUCACAAACCCAGAGACUCAGCUAUGGUGGCAUGACAUGAUCAAAGACUUCCAUGACCAAGUUCCGUUUGAUGGCAUGUGGAUUGACAUGAAUGAGCCAUCAAAUUUUGUGGAAGGUUCUUUGGAUGACUGCCCCUCCAACAAGCUCGAAAAUCCCCCUUAUGUUCCAGGUGUGUUAGGGGGAUCCUUGAAGAGACGGACGCUCUGUGCCUCCAGCAGGCAAAAUCUCUCCUCUCACUACAACUUGCACAAUCUCUAUGGGCUGACUGAGGCAAUCGCAUCCCAUGAUGCUUUGGUGAAGGUGCGAGGGAAACGUCCCUUUGUGAUCUCGCGUUCCACUUUUGCCAGUCACGGUCGCUAUGCUGGUCACUGGACUGGUGAUAUCAUGAGCAGCUGGGAGCAUUUAUACUACACUAUACCAGCGGUGCUGCUCUUUAAUCUCUAUGGGGUGCCAUUGGUUGGCGCAGACAUCUGUGGCUUUGUGGGUGACACCUCAGAGGAGCUGUGCGUGCGCUGGACUCAACUAGGGGCAUUCUAUCCUUUUAUGCGAAACCACAAUGACCAUGGAAGCAAGCCCCAGGAGCCGUAUGCCUUCAGCCAAGAGGCCCAGCAAGCGAUGAGGAAAGCCCUCUUCUUGCGCUACUCACUGCUGCCUUACCUGUAUACUCUCUUCCACAAGGCCCAUUCUGCAGGGGAGACUGUUGCCCGGCCCCUUUACUUGGAGUUCCCAGAAGACCCAAAUACGUGGAACGUUGACCGGCAGUUCAUGUGGGGAGCAGGGCUUCUCAUCACUCCUGUGCUAGAGGCAGGGAAGACAAAAGUCAGCGGCUACUUCCCUUCGGGCACGUGGUACAGCCUCAUAGCUGGUUCCACCAUACACAGCAAAGGACAGUGGAUUCUCUUAUCAGCUCCCCUUGACACUAUUAAUGUCCAUGUAUGUGCAGGGCACAUCCUACCCUUGCAGGAACCUGCCUUCACAACCACAGAAUCCCGUAAAAGGGGGAUGGCCCUAGUGGUGGCCUUGACACUGGAAGGAGUGGCCAGAGGUGGCCUGUUCUGGGAUGAUGGUGAAGGACUUCUGACCUUUGAGAAGGGCGAUUAUACACAGAUCCUCUUUCUGGCGAGAAGUGGCUUGCUGGUCAACGAGAUUGUGCAGCUCAGCAGCCAGGUAGAUGGUCUGCUGCUGAAAGAAGUGACUGUGCUGGGUGUCCCCAGCCCUCCUCAUCAUGUCCUGGCAAAUGAUGUCCCUGUCUCAGAUUUCUCGUAUCGCAUAGACACCAAGAUCCUUAACAUCCCACUUUCUCUGCUGAUGGGGGAGCAAUUUGUCAUCACCUGGUCUUGAGUGAAGAAGGGAACACUUGCCAAUUUCUUCUGAUCUGUAAUGAAGAAUGAAAAACUAGUAAUAAAUGCACAGGAUGUCCUCGAGCAACACUGAAGUGAUCUGGUGACUCAUCAGACAAGUGCCCUUUCAGAAAGAGAACCAUUUCCUCUGGCUUUGUAGAAAGUUAGUUCAGGGACUUCCUAUGUUCUCCAUUUAAGCCAGAUGUUGGAAGUUUUGCCCUUGAUUGAAUGCUGAUGAGUUUUGCGACACAAUUAUCUGCUGGGAUAGUUGUUACAUUCAUGUUCUUCUGAACAAAAUGUUCAUAAAUAGGAAAAUGGCUGCUGUUUUUGGAGUAGGCCUCCCAUAAUGGUACUCUCGCAUGUAGGAAUCUACCUGAAGAAACAGCUUAAGAAGCAGAAAGAAGGCACCUUGACACAUGCACUGUUAACUGCCAGGCUCAGUUUCUCAUGGAGCAAUCACUCUCCCCUUGGCUGUAACUAUCUAGGACUGAGCCCUAGAAUCAAUAAGGAGAGUGGAAAGGAAACCUCUCUCGCUCUCUGCAGGCAGAAUCACUCAGUGCUGCUUCACUGGGGCCAAAGGUGUCUGUCUGCUGAUACAAUGAGCAGAGCUGGGGUUUCUGCAUGCAUGGAAUUUUCAGUGCCAAAAUGCCAGAAUGGAACUCGGGCCCAGAGCUCUACUGACUGAAAAGCAGGUUACUGUUGAAAGUGAAAUUCUUCUCAAGAACAAAAAGUGUUAUCCUGCUGGGAUAGACAGACCCCCCACGUGCCAAGAAGCAGCUCAGGUGGCAACUCUGGGAAGUCUGGGAGCUUCUUUGCCUUUUGAAGUUUGCAACGUAUUCUCACUGCUGAUUAAGAAGUUGUGUGGUCUUCUUUUUUUAAUAAAGAUUUUUCUCAAAUGUUA